AUGUCCGAAUUCAUCGGAUCGCGCAUCUCUCUCAUCUCCAAGAGCGACAUCAAAUACGUCGGUACACUACACGAGAUCAACUCGGAGAACUCGACAGUCGCCUUGGAAAAUGUCAAGUCAUUCGGAACUGAAGGCCGUCGCGGCAACCCAGACGACGAGAUCCCGCCCAAUGACCAGAUCUACGACUACAUUGUCUUCCGUGGAAGCGAUGUCAAGGACUUGACCAUUGUCGAGCCUCCCAAGGAGAACAAGCCUCAGCCUCCUCAGGUCCCCAAUGACCCCGCCAUCCUCGGUGCCGCAAGACCUCAUGGCGCACCCGGCGCUCCUCAAGCACCACCAUCUGGUCCCCAGGGCGCUUUCUCUCAGCCCAACCAGCAGCAACAGCAGCAGCAGUGGCGCGGUCCCCAAGGUCCUCAAGGCCCUCAACAACCCCCACCUUUCCCUCCAUACGGCUACCCUCCUCCUCCCCAGGGCAACUCGCGCUUCGGUCCUCCCGCAGGUCCUCACGGCUUCCCCAAUGCUCCUCCUCAGUUUUACGGUCCUCCCCCACCAGGUUGGUACCCUCCUCCAGGACAGGGCUUCCCUCAGGGCCCACCCGGACACUUCCCUCCUCAGCCCAUCGGUCCUCCUGGCCAACAGCAACAACAAAACCAGCAGCAACAGCCCCAAUCUCAGCAGCAGAGAUCUCCUGACGCGCAGACUCCUGCUCCUCCGAAGAAGCAGCCCGAGUCCGCUAAGGACGCGGCCGCCUUCCCUCCUCAAAUCCCCGACCAAAAGCCUGCACCUUCAGCAGAACAGACUCCCUCUUUCGAGGCUGCCGCUCCUCCCCCGCCUGUAGACUCGAAGCCCGAUGUUGCCGCGGCUACUGCUCCUGCUCAGUCGCAGCAGAAGCCUCCUACUGGUCCUAAGAACACCCGUGUUGCCGUCCCGCUUGUUCCUCUCAGCGCAAAGCCUGGCAACGCACCCAACAACUUGGCCCAACAGCAACAGAGUGCUACGCAAACCGCCGCCGCCGCUGUGGCUGCCGCUAUGGCCAAGCUUCCCAUCUCAGCUAAUGCUCCUGCUGACACCAGCGUUGACAACUUGACAAAGCGUGUCGGCGACAUGCGCACGAACGACGGACCUAGACAUCCUCGCCAGCCUGGGCCUGGUGGGUUCGUUCCUGGUAACCGUGGAGGCCGUGGUGGAAGACGCCCUAGCAAUCGCGAUCUUGCCAAACCAGUCGAGGUUCCCACAACAGAUUUCGACUUCGAGACUAGCAACGCCAAAUUCAACAAGCAGGAUCUGGUAAAGGAGGCUAUCGCGACUGGCUCCCCUCUAGGUACACCCACCGCCGACGAGCCCGACCACUUCCAGGACGAUUUAAUCAACGGCCAGGAAGCCCCUCAAGCCGACCGCGAGGUAGUCAUCCCUGGCGCCACUUACAACAAGUCAAGCUCGUUCUUCGACAACAUCUCAUCCGAGCUCAAGGACAGACAGGCCGCUCAAGAAGACGGAAGACGCAUGGGAGGCAUGGAGUUCAGAACUGAGGAACGCAAGAAGAACUUUGAGACCUUCGGCCAAGCCAACGUGGACAAUGGAUUCCGUGGUGGCUUCCGUGGUCGCGGCCGCGGCAGAGGUUUCGGGCGUGGUGGCCAGCGCGGUGGCUUCGCUCCCCGAGGCGGAUAUGUGCCUCGAGGCCGCGGUGCAAGCUUUGCUGGCGAGUCUUAG